UUGAAAAGUCGUGCCUCUGUACUUCACCGUCUCCCUUACUUUCUCGCCAAGCUUAUGUAUCAGUAGUUUAGAAUCACCUUAUAAUCUUUUUACACUCUUUCUGGACAAUUCAUCAGCCGCACGUGGUCGUUUUCUCCCACGAAAAGUUUCGUUUUGGGCACUCUAGGUACAGGUAUAGCUACAGGACGCCAUCGCAAAUUUCCAACAUGGCCGGGAUGAAACCAAGAGCUGGAAGCUACCUCGAAUUAGAAAUCUCACGAAGAAAAAACUCGCUGGAAGUAGCUCCUAAUGCUGUACUCUCUCCCGUAACAGAGUUAACAAUGAAUUUUGAGAACAGCUUGGGAAGGACUCCCAAAAGAAAGCUAUCUUUGUCCUUAAAUGAUCCUUCAACGCCAACCACGGGUUUUCAGAGGUCGCUUUCGACAGCCUCCAACGAGUCAGGUUACUGUCCCGAUUCUCCGUCAGGAUUUUUACUUGACUCACCUUCGACGGAAAUGCUAAAGGCAAACGCCGAAAAGAAGAAGUUAAGGAAACCUCCAUUCAAGAGGUGGAACUCACUGCCAGUAAGUACAUUGCAAUAGCUAGGU